GGUCCAUGGUCUAUGUAUGCGCUGUAAGUGACGAUUGAUUCCUUAACGCUGUCGCGUUAAAAUAUCCGGUCUUUAUGUCCGUGCCUAGAGUGCCCUGAUCAAGACAAUAAUUAGAGUUUAAUACGCUCUAGCGUUUAUUACACUGCUGUACACAAUUUUACCCUACAGCUUCGCACACUUUCGUAACGCUGGAUUUACAUUUCUCAGCACAGUAUUACAUUCUGUGCUUAAAAUUGACUAGCAAUAUAAGUAACCACGCAUGCGCAAGUUUCUUUUUUUUCUUGCGAUGAAGCCAGCAUACACCGAAGUGUCUUGUACAUUCUAAACCGAUGCUUGCAUUCUUCUGUGACUAAGCUUAAUGUUCACGUAUGCGUACUGUGUCAAAGGACAUAUACAUGCCUUCGUGGCCGGAUUUCUUUCUUUUCAUGCUUUCAGACAAGCUCCGGACACGGCUACACAUCUGCUUGGUGAGAAAGCUAUGAUAAAGAGAAAGCACUUCGUGGAAUUUAACGUUACUGUGGAGAAUUACGAGGUAAAGGUCACUCUCAACCCAUUGCUUAAAGACGAAGGAUAUGAGAUUGAUAUCCCUGUGGAUUACAUAGUUCUGGGCGCUCAAAAAGACUGCAUGGUUGUGUCCUUUGGUGAAGAGUACAAUGGAAAGCAGCAGUGCAUACUAUGGGGAUUAGCUGGCGAUGGAGAUAAAAGCGAGCACAAGUGCUUCAACAUCCUCGAGAAAGACUGCCUGCGGGAUGUACACGACGUUUUCCGACAAAAUGAGCCCUGCAUAGAAUUCGAUGAGCGUGAGAAAAGACACAACCAAAAAGCACAAGAGGAAGAGGACUCCGCGCAGGCAGCAGAAGAGCUGGCAGAACAACAGCAAGCGGCAUAAUAAUUCACACACGGUGUUAUUUGAUGUGUUUUAAAAUUUAAUAUCAUCGAUCAUUUGUAGCUGCA